CCGGAAGCCCCACCCCACCGCCGGGGACGCGGACUCGGGAGUGCUCACGUUCGCAGCGUGGGCAUCCUUGCUGCGCUCCGCUCCCCGCACCGGUAACGCGCGCCAACCUUGCCGCCCACCCGGCGUCGUAGCGGGCGAGAUUUCCGAGCUCUGGACGCUCUUGCGGCUCUGCUCAGCCCUGACUCCAGCAGGCCCGCGUCGGUCGCCCCUCCCGUUUCUGGAACCUUUGGUUCCGGGGCUCGGACUUGGGGGAACCUGGGAGGGUGGUGGUGGAGUUUCUGAUGCUUUGCGUUUUCUGCGGGGUGUGGGCAGUCAAUGGAGAAACCCGGAACAGAAGUCCGUGGUGUUUUCAGGGGCAGGGAGUAGAACCUCAGGCGCCUGCGAACCCCCUGAGGGUUUAGGCGGCCCUCCUUGGCGGGAUGAUUGGCACUGUGGGCUGAGAGAGCCCGGGGCCUGCCCCCACCCCUAGGGGUGCCGUCGGCUCCUGGGGUCCGAGUCUCCGCCCUGCCCCACCGCUUCUCACAAAACCCCUCCACCUCCCUGAGGAGCGCCCGUCUACCCACCUUCUCGUUCCCAGCCUUCGGGCUGCUCCUAUUUUCCAUAUUGUUUAUUUAUCCUGGUUAUUGGUAAGAGUUUUUCUGACCUUCUCUACUCUGGAAUAGGGUCCAGAGGAGUCGUGAGGGAAAAUUAUUAGAAUAUAAAAUCCCAGGAGUCACGUGGUCCGGGUCUGCAUCCCAUGCUUGGAGGCCUCACAGAGCAGCCCAACAAACAGCUCUUGGUUUUCUUCUUCAACUUCACCACCUCCUGUGGUUGCUGUUUCCGCCUCUGGCUUAUGUUGAACCCAACCAUGUGUAUUUCUCUUUAGCUUUGCUCAAUUGGCAUGGGAAUGCUGCCCCUGGAGGGCAUUGGACAGAACAGGGACAGUCCUGUUGCGUGAGGGGCAUGGGUCUGUGCUCAUGAGGCCAGCUCCUUCCAUGACCUGCUCAGAGCCCCAAGCCAGCCCCUCUGUCCUCUGUUGCUGGACAGUUGUUCCAUAUCCUCCUUCCCAGUGCCCCAGGUGUGAUAUUUCUUCCACCCAGGGAAGGGCAUUCCGAAAAUACUUUCCUUUGCUGUACCUGAUUGCCCUGCUUGCUCCUGCCUUCACUCCUGCGACGGGUUCUUUGGGCUUAGGCGUAGCAUUUAAGUCUGGUCCUAUGAAGGCCUUCUUUCUGUUAUUCCAGGGUCUUGGGCAGUUUGCGUUGGCUCUAACUCUUACUACAGAAUUGCGGAAAUUCCUCUCUUUAUUGAGGUCAGCGCUAACACCUGUCCCCCGACCCUGGUUCUGUUUUGUGAAAUACUGUCUGCUUUGCUUAUCCACUGCAGUUAGCUUUUGGAGUUACCCAGAUUUCAUCUCUUUGACAUGGACUUCCACACGGGGUGACCUUGUGUGCUAGGUUGCCAGAGACAGUUCUGGCUUAUACCAUUGUCCCAGCAUAAUCACGUUCAAAAGAUUCGUGGUUUGUAUGAUCAAGCUUGUCUCUGUCUCUAAGUUAGAUACACUUAUAUUUGUAGCUAAGAGAGUGGCAUGUGGCAGCCCACGUGAGACUUGCACUUGGGCCCACAGAUGUCAGAGCCACAGACUUGGAAAUGAGAAUUCCUCCAGGUCAGUGCUCAUAGGCCUCAUGUAGGUAGAGAGCUUUGGGUGGCUUUGCCCUUAGAGGGCAGGGGUUCCCCUCCCGCCCUGGCACAGAAAGUCCAAACUAAUACUGAGGCCUAUGUCUAGUCAAAUUCAUCCCCAGAGUUACUGUGGGGCUUGCCCCUAAAUUCACUGUCAUGCUCCAGAGGAAGGUGUUCAGAGUUCAAGCCCAGCUCCUUGACAUGGCAUCUGGCUCCUGGGAAAGUAACUGAUGUGGAAGUGUGACCAGAGUUAGGCCUAAGGUGUCCUGGGCUUCCCCAGGAACCAGAGAACUCAGUCCAUGCAGGGCCAGUUAGUUUUAAAGACUGCAUGUCAACACUUGUAACUGUCAUAGGAUUAGGCUAAGAGGUAGAACACUGGUUAUCCACUAGGAUGACCAACCAUAUUAGUUUGCUUGGGAUUGAGGGGUUUCCUAGGACAUGGGACUUGCAGUUUUAAGAUCAGAAAACUCCUGGGCAAACUGGGAUGAGUUGGUCACCCUCUUCUCAACCCUGGCUGCACGUUAGACUCUCUUGAGGAGCCUCUUAUUUAGAGUCUAAUUUAAUUGAUUAAGGUAGUUGUACUUUUUUUUUUUUUAACGCUCUCAAGUUGAUUCCAGCAGGCUACCAGAGUUGAGAACUACUAGGCUGUAGACAGUGUUUCUAAUAACCAUUGAAAGUGUUUGGUUUUUGAGCAGAAGUGGUUCCAGACAUCCCUGAAAGGGGUAUAUAACUCUGUGUGUUGGCCUUUUACCUUAGCAAGAGAGAUAUCAAGCUGGUAGUUGCCUGCUAUUGCUAUUAUCUGUCCCCACCCCCAGGCCGCCUUUCUCACUGGUGAGGACCAAGCUUUCUCUUUUCCAGGCAUGCUCCGAUACCUUCUCUCUCAAGACAGGAGGUCAGUGGAAUAGCCUCAUUUUGAUUGAUGGAAUCAUGAUUUACACAGUUGCAGAUGAAGCUGGCCUCCAGGAUCAUGUGGUACGUCAGCACCAGGGGCAUAGCCCCACAGGUCAACUUUGAGGGGGCCCUCUUCUCUGGCUAUGCACCCGAUGGAGGCCUCUUUAUGCCGGAAGAGCUCCCACAGUUGGACAGAGAGACCCUGUGCCGGUGGAGCACACUCUCCUAUCCUGACCUGGUGAAGGAGCUGUGCGCCCUCUUCAUUGGCUCUGAGCUCAUUCCGAAAGAUGACUUAAAUGAUCUGAUUGACCGAGCCUUCAGCAGAUUCCGUCACAAAGAGGUGGUCCGUCUGUCCAGGUUGAAGAAUGGGCUGAACGUGUUGGAGCUGUGGCAUGGUGUCACAUAUGCAUUUAAGGACCUGUCCCUGUCCUGCACAGCACAGUUCCUGCAGUACUUCCUGGAGAAGAGGGAGAAGCACGUCACUGUGGUUGUAGGAACGUCUGGGGACACAGGAAGUGCUGCCAUUGAGAGUGUUAAAGGGGCAAAGAACGUGGACAUUAUCGUUCUGCUGCCCAAAGGUCACUGCACAAAGAUUCAGGAGCUCCAGAUGACAACGGUGCUGAAGGAGAACGUACAUGUGUUUGGAGUGGAGGGAAACAGCGAUGAGCUCGAUGAGCCAAUCAAGACUGUGUUUGCCGACGUGGCUUUUGUCAAGAAGCACAAUCUGAUGAGCCUGAAUUCGAUCAACUGGUCCCGGGUCCUGGUGCAGAUGGCCCACCACUUCCUUGCUUACUUCCAGUGUACGCCAUCCUUGGACACGCAUCCCCUACCCCUGGUGGAGGUGGUUGUGCCAACAGGGGCUGCCGGUAACCUUGCAGCUGGGUACAUUGCUCAGAAGAUAGGCCUGCCCAUCCGUCUGGUCGUGGCAGUGAAUCGCAAUGACAUCAUCCACAGGACUGUCCAGCAGGGAGACUUCUCUCUGUCGAAGGCUGUUAAAUCAACCUUGGCAUCAGCUAUGGACAUUCAGGUGCCCUACAACAUGGAGAGGGUAUUCUGGCUACUCUCUGGCUCUGACAGCCAGGUAACAAGAGCCCUCAUGGAGCAGUUUGAAAGGACCCAAAGUGUGAAUCUGCCCAAGGAACUGCACAGCAAGCUUUCAGAGGUGGUGACAUCCGAGUCAGUGUCUGAUGAAGCCAUCACCCAGACCAUGGGCCGCUGCUGGGAUGAGAACCAGUACUUGCUGUGCCCCCACUCGGCGGUGGCUGUGAACUACCAUUACCAGCAGAUGGACAGGCAGCAGCCCAGCAGCACUCCCCGGUGCUGCCUUGCCCCUGCCUCUGCAGCCAAGUUUCCGGAAGCUGUCCUGGCUGCUGGCCUGACCCCUGAGACUCCUGCAGAGAUCGUAGCCCUGGAGCACAAGGAGACACGCUGCACCCUGAUGCAGAGAGGUGACAACUGGACCCUGAUGCUUCAGGACACCAUUGAGGACCUUAGCCGACGGUGGAGGGGUCAUGCCCUCAACGCCUCCCAGUAGCCUGGCUGGAGGUGGCUUUCUUUAGGCUUCAGAUCCCAGGGAGGUGCACCCUCUGAGCUGCCUUGUGACCCUCCCCAUUAAGCAUAGGUUAGGAGGUUCCCAGGAGGCUGCUCAGCUGGGUCUGGAGCCAGCUGGCUUUGCUCCAUUUCCUGGCUACUCUGUGCCUGGUCACCAGGGAGGCUGAGUCAGGUGCCUGGAACAGUUGCCAGAAGCACCCCCUCCCUCCCUGGCCCAUGCAGCAGUGUCUGAGCUGUAGUGAAAGUUUCAGGGCCUGCAGAAGAAGAGCCUUGGGCACAGGAUUGACCAUGGCUCCAGGGGUUUAGGACCCCAGACCUGUGAAGGUGGGGGCAGCUCACCACCUUCAUGCAGCCUUUAUAUGUUCUCUGAGCCUUAGUUGAUUUGGCCCCCAAAACAAAUCCAAAGGUUCUAGCCUGCCUUGUCAGAGACUUCCACCCUGUUCACAUGUUGGCAAUCCCUGGAAUAAAAUGCUUGUUCUGUGUGA